AUGUACUUAAGCCCUGGUACCGUCACCACAUAUCGCCCGACAGAGAAGCAGAGACGCCGAGACUACGACGGCAAAUUCGAUCCAGCUUCCUUAAUGGCUUUCGUAUCAACGGCGUCGUUUCCUAGUGUGAUCAAUAUUUCACGAGGAUUCACCACGAAUCUUCUUUUCCGACAACCGCGCAAGGUAGCUAUUCUAGUGGCUUUGCCUUCCUUCGAUAACUCUUCCUAUGCAAGUUUGGCUACCAGAAGAGAUGCAAGGAAAGCCGUGGUUUUCACCUACAUGAACAGGUAUAAAGAGCUUUCCGUACGGAAUCCACAUCCUCUGCGGCUCCUGCAAAAAGCUCAAGUCGACGCAGUCUUCGGAGCGCAGAACACUAUGAUUCUACCAGAUGAAACGCUCUAUCAGGACAUAGUAACGCAUUCCAACACACCACCUCAUCCAACUGUAGGUGGUGCGAGUGGGGGAUGCCCGUUCAUGGCAGGAGGUUUAGGAGGAGCAAUACACGAAGAACUGUGA